AUUCGUUGUAACUUGUCGAGACUUUGUCAAAAAAGUCAACAAAGCAUUUAAAAGAUUAAAUUCAAAUUCGAAAGGAAAUUCCGAUGAAAUGAUCUCUAAAUUUUCGUAUGUUGGCUUAUUUUUGGCCUUAACCCUCGUGCACAUCUGUGCCCAUUUAAAGCCCACUAUCGAGGCCAAUGCCAGCAUCAAAACCAUCAAUCUACAACUCACCCGAAAACUGAAUCUUUACGUGGGCUAUGAAUAUCAUCAUACAAUGCUGUGGCAGGCAGUCAUGAAUACGGCAUUGCUUUUGUUUGGGUUUUGGCGCUGCCAGCGGGAGGUCGAUAAUGCGAAGAUUAGAUACCGGCUGCCAGACCCCAAUAAUAAUGUUAGGAUAUCCGCAGCAGCUGAAGUAAAAUUGGAUUGGUUUCGUAGAAGAGGCAAGCUACCAACCAGCUGGCAACUGUUUCCGAUGCGCCACUUUGCCUGGUUUGGUGCGCCAUGGGCGCUGACACUUCUGUUCCACGAAUUCUGCAAUUAUGCCCAACUGAAUCUGGUUAUGCGUCAUUUCUGCACCUCGCUGCCGGAGGUGCUUUUGCUAUAUGUCCGGCUUCAGAUGCUCUAUCUGCAAAGUUUGUUGACAAACAUAAUUGGAUCAUACCUGCUUCAAUUCCAUGGCGCCGUCGUAACCUUAACCGCAUCGCACGCUAACUACAUUAACUACGAGAGCAAUCUGUUUGUCGGAGAUGAAUGAAUGGGCUUUGCAAACCUAAAAUCUGAAAAUCAUUCGUUUCAAAAUUAUUUGUAGAUUUAAACCCUUCAUUUAUAUCUGUUUUCCAUUUUAGUUGAAUAAUAAAACUGCAUAAAUCGACCACAACAACAACAAAAA